AUGUCUUUGUCUAUUGUUUUUUCUGGUAUUGAUAAAACAUUUGAUCAAUUUGUUGAAGAAUUAUUAGAUGAUGAUUUUAAUACUUUUUUGAAAACAAACACUGAGACUUUUAAUCGCAAAAAAGGAAAAAUUUUUGAAUAUUUUAUUUAUGAGUUUUUAACAAAAAAUGGUAUUACUGCGGAAAUAAAUAUGACUUUUAUUUCAUUUUCUAAAGAUAUUUUUCGUACUUUAUCUGAUGGAAAUACUGAUAUUCAUGGUCAAUAUGGAAUUUUAAAUUAUUUUUGUCAAUGCAAAUACAAAAAUGAAAAAUAUAAAAUUCAAGCGAAUGAGAUGCGAGAAUUUUUAAAUUCUGUAAUGAGAAAAACCCAAUAUCAGAUUGGAUUUUUAGUAUCUAAUAUAGGGUUAGGUGAUAAUGCUUUAAAUGAAUUAAAUUCCUCUCCUGUUAAGGAUAGAUGA